GAGUCCAACCAGAAACCAUAUUUGGAGAAUUCUAUCGACUAUAUAGACGCAACACUCGGGGAAUAUUUUGAAUAUCCAAUCCCACGAAACGUGUUCUACGAUAUCGAGGACGGAGACACUCGUAGUUUGGAACUUUCACUGUCUUUACCUUACGAUCAGCCUCUACCUCCGACGUUUUGGUUACAGUUAGACUCUAGAAAACAGGUGAUACGAGGACUCCCU